GAGAACGGACAGAAACAAGACAAUGGAGGGCCGGAAACGGAUGCUACCUACUUGGAAAGCGGUGGUAGUAGUACAACAAGCAGCAGUAGUACAAUUAGUGGAAACACUGCCAGUAGUAGUAGCGAGGAAAAAGUUGCUGACGUCACAGCUUCCAAAAGGCCAAAGCCAAACCAUGAUGAGACCGUUAAUAUUACUCCGGCUAUACGUUACAGCCCCUACGAACCGAUUGAUGUACCGGAUGUAAAAGACUGGAAUGUUGAUCAAGUUGCUUCAUAUUUUGCGAAGUAUUUCCCAAAAGAAGCCCACAUUUUUAAGGAACAUGAAAUUGAUGGCACUUCAUUGCUAUUACUUAAGCGUAGUGAUGUUAUUAAAAAACUGCCCAUUAAAUUAGGCCCAUCGCUCCGCAUAUACAGUUUAAUACUGAAAAUUCAGACCCAAUUAAAUGAUCCCACUUUAGGUUGGAACUGUGGGCUUUAAGUGUAGCGUAUAAAAACAACUAUAUAUUUGUCUUUAAACUACUACUAACCAAUAUUCUAUAAUUUUUCUACAAAUUUCUUGAAUUAAUAUCCGCCUUAUUAACGAAGACUCGUUGCAGGUGUUUAGUUUUUCUUUGUUUGUUUUUUAUUAGUUUAAUGUUCAUUUACUUAUGUCCAUUCAUAUAUGUACAUACAUAUAUAUGUAUACAUAUUCCACAUGCGCUUCCCUGCAAGAAAUUAUACCAGCUUAGAAAUAGUCACGAGUCUAGAUUUGGGUGACGGGUACUGAUGCUAUUCCAUGCAAAUAACUGACCAAUUUAACAUGGCAUAACCUAGGACUGUUUCGAAACCAGUGAACAAUUUUCAGUCAAUUCGGACUGUUGCGAAUAAGAUUUAUUUGGAAUACUCCUCCGGUGCAUUACUUAAUCCCAGUGCGAUACUGUUUUGAAAGGACUGCUUGCAGUUACAUCCGAAUUAGAGAAGGCGCGGAAUAUCGGGACCCGCGGGACCCACGGUACUCAUUUCAAAUUGGUCGGGAUGGGCGGUAUCGAGAAGGUCUAUAAAAAUUUUGCCGGCGUGGCGGGACAAAAUUCCAUUCUGACACUCCCGAUAAAACCGCAAACUUAGAAAAUCUUCCUCAAAAUCGAUGUAUGUAUGAAAUAUGCCGUUUUUAUGUUUUAUUGAAACGAAAAGGAACAGCAAAACAAAAUAAUCGGAAGAUGCUAGAUCUUUCAUUAUAUUUUUUAUUUUUUAAAAUUCAUUUGAAAGACAUGUGCAUUUUUCUUAAUGAUAGAUCUCGUGAUCGGCGGUACAAUCCUGUAAAACGUCGGGAUGGCCAGGUUCGGGACUUAGAAAUUGAAUUACAGGAUGAGCGGUAUCGGGAUUAAAUAUUUAGUCCCGUGCCCAUCUCUAAACCGAACUAUUUACUCUUAAUAAACUAAAAAUUUGAUACCAGUUGCUUCUUGCAGGGCGACGUCAGCUCGGCAUAUAUACACAUAUGUAUGUGUGUAUGUAGUAGUUACUCGCGAUAUAUACAUAUACGCUGGCACCGUUCUGAAAAGCGGCAGUAUAAGAUGUUUGUAAGAAUUGAAUUUGUAAUCAUUUUCAGUGUAAAAUCAAUGAGAAUAAAAAUUACUGUUAAAACUACAAA